AUGGUUCAAAUUUGGUAUAUGGAACCUUAUCCUUUUGGUGAUCCAAGAUUACCACAUCAUGUUCAUCCACCAAAAUUAAUUACUACUGAACAAUUUAAAGAAAAAACUGGAGCAGUUUAUCAUCGUGUUGAUCUAAAUGAUCUCAUUAGUAUGGGAAAAAGAAUAACAUUAAUGAAAAUGGAAAAAGGUUUUAAUAAAGAAGAUAACUUUAUGCUUGAUGCUUCAAAAACAAAUAAUUUUUUGGAUAAGUUAACUGAUAUGUUUGAAGAAGCAGAAUUUGAAAAAGAAGAAGCAAGACUUAUUAUGGAAGGUGCUUGUUAUUUUGACUUAGAAACAGUUGAUGGUGAUUGGGUUCGUGUUAUGGCAGAACAUGGUGAUUUAAUAAUCUUUCCAGCUAAUAUUCAACAUCGUUUUACUACUACACCAAAGAACUUUAUUAAAAUGCGUCGUUUUUAUACAGAGAAAGAGGAUUAA